UGGGGGCCUGCACCCUGGGUUCAGCGGGAGAGGGCGUGGGGCGUGCCGGAGCAGCGGGGAAAAUCGGGUCAAGCCUUACGCUGCUGCGCAGACGGGCCGGACGUGACGUAGGGAGGGUUCCGGCUUCGGCCUCCGCCGCUGCCGCCGCUAGUACAGCCGCCGACACCGCCGCCGCCGUCGGGGCUUGUUAUUCCUAAAAUGGCGCCCCUGGACUUGGACAAGUAUGUGGAGAUAGCGCGGCUAUGCAAAUACCUGCCGGAGAACGACCUGAAGCGGCUAUGUGACUAUGUUUGUGACCUCCUCUUGGAAGAGUCAAAUGUCCAGCCAGUAUCAACACCAGUAACAGUGUGUGGAGACAUACACGGACAGUUUUACGACCUAUGUGAACUAUUCAGAACUGGAGGUCAGGUUCCUGACACAAACUACAUAUUUAUGGGUGAUUUUGUAGACAGAGGUUACUAUAGUUUGGAGACCUUCACUUACCUUCUUGCACUAAAGGCUAAAUGGCCUGAUCGUAUCACACUUUUGCGAGGAAAUCAUGAGAGUAGACAGAUAACACAAGUGUAUGGAUUUUAUGAUGAGUGCCAAACCAAAUAUGGAAAUGCUAAUGCCUGGAGAUACUGUACCAAAGUUUUUGACAUGCUCACAGUGGCAGCUUUAAUAGAUGAGCAGAUUUUGUGUGUUCAUGGUGGUUUAUCUCCUGAUAUCAAAACACUGGAUCAAAUUCGAACAAUUGAACGGAAUCAGGAAAUUCCUCAUAAAGGAGCAUUUUGUGAUCUGGUUUGGUCAGAUCCUGAAGAUGUGGAUACCUGGGCAAUCAGUCCCCGAGGAGCAGGUUGGCUUUUUGGCGCAAAGGUCACAAAUGAGUUUGUUCAUAUCAACAACUUAAAACUCAUCUGCAGAGCACACCAACUAGUGCAUGAAGGCUAUAAAUUUAUGUUUGAUGAGAAGCUGGUAACAGUAUGGUCUGCUCCUAAUUACUGCUAUCGCUGUGGAAAUAUCGCUUCAAUCAUGGUCUUCAAAGAUGUAAAUACAAGAGAACCAAAGUUAUUCCGGGCAGUUCCAGAUUCAGAACGUGUUAUUCCUCCCAGAACAACAACGCCGUAUUUCCUUUGAGGCCUUCGCCCGUCCUGCUGACCCAUCUUUCUGCCCUCUUCUUACCCCGUCUUUCGUGUGUUACCCUCUACAGUAUACUUUUUAUUGAGCACUUUGCUGCUGAAAUGCUGCCUCUUGCCUUUUUUUUUUUUAAUUUUAAAUUAUCUAAAUUUAUUUUGUUUGUUAUGGUGUCUGUAGCAAUGUUUUUCUAUCAGUUUUCUGCCCCAUCCCAUCCCCGCCUUGGACUCAUUUGAGAAGACUUGAGAAAUGUCUUAAUACUUACACUGCUGCAUGUAGCUCUUGCUUAUUUACUGGUCUGGGGGAAACAAGAUGUUUCCUUUUUUAAAAAAGUCAAUUGACAGAACAGACUACACUGAAAUACUCUUCCUUUUGUAUUAUUCAGUCUUUUGUUUUAGUUUGGUAAAUUUUAAGAAAUUUCAGCAGCAAAGUUGUUAUUCAGUGGGCACGAUGGACUGCAAAUGCCUCGAGUUAUGUAUACCUGUCCCAGCUGUAACCGUCAUUGUCCUUUGUUGGAUGAUAUUUUAAGUGGAUAUAAAAUAAAUUGGUCUAAAGGGC